GGUGGGCUUCCCAACGGGCCACCCUCCUUCUGGCUUGGCCUGAGCGGGACGCGGUGGCGGGUAUCAGCGUGCCGGUGUUUGUCCCCUUGGGUUUCUCAUCUGUCGCCUUAAAGAUUGCGUCCCCACCCGACCUCCGUGGAGGCCUCUAGGAAGAGAAGAGGCCGUAGGCCCUUGCGAUUCCUCGGUGGAACCGGAUGUGUUGGGGGCUGGGACCGUCCAGGAGGUUGAGUGUGGUGGCUCACGCCUGUGGUGUCAAGCACUACAGAGGGUGAGACUAGAGGAUCACCGCAAGACCAAGGCUAGCCUGGGCUACAUAGUAGUGAGUUCAGACCAGACUGAGCACAUGUCAGACCCUUCUAAAAAAUAAAUCAACAAAGGACAGACUGAUGAGGACACGCCUGGAGGGGGGGAGGUGGAGGAAGGAAGAGCAGUUCAUUCAGCUACACGGAUUUUGAGGACCCGGAACCUGAUGCGGGCUGGGGUGUUGAAGGAGAAGCCUCUGUGGUAUGAUGUAUAUAAGGCCUUUCCACCGCUGAGGGAGCCUGUCUUCCAGAAGCCCAAUUUGCGAUAUGGCAAAGCCAAAGCUACCAUCCAGGACAUCUUUUACCACGAGGAUCGGAUUCGAGCGAAAUUUUUUUCUGCCUAUGGCUCUGGUCCAAAAGCUUUUGAUUUGUUCAAUCCAAACUUCAAGUCCACCUGCGAGCGGUUUGUGGAAAAGUACAUUGAGCUGCAGAAUCUUGGAGAAACAAAUGAAGAGAAAUUAUUUGUGGAAACAGGAAAGGCUUUAUUGGCAGAAGGUAUCAUUUUAAGGCGAAUAGGAGAAGCAAGGGCUGUGACUAUCAGACACCAAGCUGCAGCAGAAGGAAACCAGCCCCAGAAAGACGAUGCCUGGGAGCAGCAGGAGGCCCGGGAGGAGCCACAGGGAGCCUGCUCUGGUCUCUGAGGGAGCGAUCUACAGCAAGCAUACCAGCAUAGAAGCCUCCCUGUGCCCACAUAUGGAUGCUGAGCUGUCUUGAACAGUUAAACUGUGUGAAUGCUCUCCAUCUCUUGGGCAUUACAUCUGCCUUCUUUUAGUUCCUGUUGAUGGGUUAUUAUAAAACUCAGUAUUGUGAUUUGAAGGUACCAGUUUUGUAAACUUUUAGUUCAGGACAUUGUUAAAUAAAAGAUUCUCCAGUUGCUUAUAAAGUAAAUUUACUUUGAAACUAAAUAACAUGAGGAAACCUUUAGGGUGAUUUGGCUGGGACUCUGGCAUUUGUGCUGGCUGUGGGCUGCCUGCAUCUGAUCCUCACUGUCCUUCUCUCUGGAUCCCUCAGACUGCUACUUGCAUACACAGUGUGGUCCCUUGGCCAACUGUUGUGUCUGCAGCUGAUGUUGGGACUUUUUGCUAUAGAACUAUUGACUGCAAUUUAAGAGGCCAAGCUAGCUUGUGCUGUCAUUGAUGGUGGACAAAGGCCCAAAUCAUAACUUUAAUCUCACAGGUUGAAUAUGUUGGAGAUAAUUAACAUAGGCUUGUAGCUAGUAGGCUGCUCAGUAAAUGUUUGUUGAAUGAAUGAAUGAUCACACCCAGCUAAAGACUGCUGUUUCUCUCUUAGUCACUGGAUUGCCAAGGUGUCAAGGUGGGGGCAACUUAUUCAGAUGGCGUUCUCUGUGAUCAUCCUGACUCCCUGGUACUGAGGUCUACUCAGAGUCCUUACUAGCUAUCUCACUUUUCUCAUUUUCCUGUGUUUUACUAAAUAAACGAAAUACUGUUUUAUGGUUGUA